AUGCCGCCGCCAAACCCAGACUGGGUCCAGGCCCUGAAGCCCUCCGGGCCCCAGGGGUCGGAACUGCUUCAACAGGAGAGGGCAAAAUCCAGCUUGAAUGUUGAACAGCUCGCCGAGUUUCUCUUCACACGUGAAAACCUCGAGAGGCAGUCAAGGUUGCUCGAGAUCCUCCAGGCUCAUCCAGUUUUCGACAAGACCCAAAAUUACUUCCGGGGCAGAAGAGAAGCGAUGGAAGUCGCUCUUGCAAGAGCCAAGAAACUACAGCAGCUGAGCGUUGAGCAUAAAUGGAGUCAAGACGAGUACGAGGCGGCCAACGACCUCGUCAGCGAGCCAACUCCGUAUGGCUUACACGCAUCCAUGUUCUUGAAGACUCUUCAAGAGCAAGGUUCUCCUGAACAACACAAGCGCUUCCUGGAGCCGGCACAGCGUUACGAAAUCAUCGGCUGUUAUGCGCAGACAGAACUUGGCCACGGAUCAAACGUUCGGGGACUGGAGACGACUGCCACCUGGAACCCUGAGGACAAGACCUUCACGCUGCAUUCUCCGCACUUGACUGCUUCCAAGUGGUGGAUCGGAUCCCUAGGCCUGGCUGCCAACCACGCCGUGGUGGUGGCGCAACUCAUCCUGAACGGCAAAUCGCUUGGCCCGCACCCAUUUGUCGUUCAAAUCCGAGACCUGAAGACUCACCAGGCGCUUCCAAACAUCCACGUUGGAGAUAUUGGUCCAAAGUUCGGCUACAACACCAUGGAUAAUGGCUUCCUCUUGUUCAACCACGUCAAGAUCCCCCAUAUCAGUCUCCUGAGCCGCUUCUCUGGUAUCGACCCAGACACGGGCAAGUAUAUCAAGCCCGCCAGUCCGGUCCUAGUGUAUGGCACCCUCACUUUCAUCCGGUCAAGGAUUGUGCUGCAGUCAGGCUCAGUUCUCGCUCGAGGUGUCACCAUCGCGACGCGCUACUGUGCUGUCCGGCGCCAAUUCCGCGACGCUGACGGGGCUGGGGAAGGCGAAAGCCAAGUUCUCGACUACACAAUGGUGCAGUACCGCCUUCUCCCCUUGUUGGCGGCAUCAUACGCUUUCCACUUUACUGGUCGCGCGAUGUUGGAGCUUUACAACGCAAACCAGGCGAGAAUGGCCAAGCAGGACGGGCGACCCAAGUCCAACGAGAAGGAUGCUGGAAGCUCCAUCCUGGCCGAUCUCCAUGCUAUUUCUUGCGCACUCAAGGCCUUUUCUUCCACUACAGCAGCAGAGGGAUUGGAGGUGUGCCGGCGUGCUUGUGGUGGACACGGGUACUCCACGUUCUCUGGGAUCGGUAGCUGGUACGCCGACUACCUUCCUACCGUCACUUGGGAGGGCGACAACUACAUGCUCACGCAGCAAGUUGCUCGUUAUCUCUUGAAAUCUGCUCGCGCCGUGAUCUCGGGCAAGCCUUCGUACAACGAUAUCACUCGGGUUCUGGAGAGGUUUGUCAGAGAGAAAGGCAAGGGCCCAGCUGUUGCCCUCGACAACAAUCAAACCCUCGUUGACGCCUUUGCUUGGCGCGUUGCAUCGCUAACAUUCGAGGCUCUGAAGAACCGCGAUGAGGAUAAGCAGCCUUGGAACAGCCUCUUGGUUGACUUCUGGAAGCUCUCCACUGCAUUCGCACAAUACAUUGUCGUCAAGACAUUCUACGAAGCCUUGCAGGACCAGAAGGUUAUCUCGUCGUUGGACCCUGAGACAAUGCAUCUCCUCAGCAAGCUCUUCCAGCUCUUUACUCUGCAUCACUGGUCUCCUGAUUCUUAUGGCUCGGCCGCGGAGCUGCACCAGAUGCAAGCUGAGCAAAGGAAACGGACUCUUUCGCUCCUUGGGGAUGUUCGCCCGCAUGCUGUGAGAUUGGUUGAUGCUUGGAAGUUUCCGGAUUGGCAACUUGACAGUGCACUCGGACGGUAUGAUGGCAAGGUGUACGAAGAUCUGUUCCACAGGGCAUCGCAGACCAAUCCGCUUAACGAUGUGGUCUUUGAUCCGUAUCCGGCAUCUCCUGUACUAUUUAGACCCGAAGGCAAGCAAGGGGCGUACCGGUCGAAACUAUAG